GCGUCAUGGCAGCACUGUUGCCAGCUGACUGAAUUAGCGGGAAUUCGCUCUGUUUUGCCAAUAUUUUUGUUUUGUCUUCGAGUUUUUGUACUUUUCCACGCUUUGUCAUGGUUGAGGGAGAGAAAUCCAAACAGGGCAACUUGCCAUGGGUGGAAAAAUACCGGCCGAGCACCUUGGACAGCCUCAUUUCCCACGAAGACAUUAUUAAGACAAUAAACAGAUUCAUCACCGAAGACCAGCUACCUCACCUGCUGUUUUACGGACCGCCGGGCACGGGUAAGACGAGCACAAUCCUGGCCUGCGCUCGGCAACUCUAUUCACCGGCGAUGUUCACCUCGAUGGUGCUGGAGCUCAACGCUUCCGACGACAGAGGCAUUGGAAUCGUGCGAGGCCAAAUUUUGAGCUUCGCCAGCACGAAAACCAUUUUCAACAAGGGCCACAAACUGAUCAUCCUUGACGAGGCAGAUGCGAUGACCAAUGAUGCUCAGAAUGCUCUCCGCAGAGUCAUCGAGAAGUUCACUGACAACGUCAGAUUCUGCAUCAUCUGCAACUACCUGAACCAAAUCAUUCCUGCAGUGCAGUCGAGGUGCACCAGAUUCCGAUUUGGGCCCCUCACAACGGAGCAGAUGCUGCCACGGCUGGAGCAUGUUAUCGAGCAGGAAAAGGUUCCAGUCACGGAAAAUGGCAAAAAGGCCUUGUUAACCCUCUCCAACGGGGACAUGAGAAAGGUCCUAAAUAUUUUGCAAAGUACCUCCAUGGCUUACCCGGAAGUAAACGAAGACUCGGUUUACUCCUGCGUGGGCCAACCGUUGCGCUCUGACAUUGCAAACAUCGUCAAGUGGCUCCUCAACGAGCAAUUCAGGGUUGCUUAUUACAAUAUUCAAGAGUUGAAAAUCAACAAGGGGUUGGCACUGAAUGACAUUCUGACUGAAAUUCACCUUUAUGUGCACAGAAUUGAGCUGCCGCCGAAGAUCAGGAUGGAAAUUCUGGUCAAGCUGGCGAAUAUCGAGGAGCGUCUGGCUCUCGGCACCGAGGAGAGUGUGCAAGUGAGCUCUUUGGUCGCUGCGUUCCAAGUGGCCAGAAAAAUCGGCAUGGAGUCGUGAAAGAAUUUGGGCAGCUGUGACCUGGCAGGAUACUUGCAGCACGACAUCUCGAUCGUGACCUCCAUACAUCCGUUCCAAACGUAAUUGAAGUCCUGCAUUCCGCCUGUUUUGUAUUAAUUUUUUUUGUCGAUGUUAAGAUUAAAUUUUGUAUAAAUG